AUGAAUUUCACGAAAUAUCUCACAAUAUUUUUAUUUUGUACUAACAUUGAAGUAAAAUGUAAAUCGAUAUCUGGCUAUCACGAACUUGUAGGAAUUCCCAGAGCAAUAUCAUUGAGACUAUCAGAAAGGACAUCGCGAAUUGUGGGAGGCUCCCAAGUGGCGGCAAUUUCUUUGCUACCUUAUCAGGCUGGUAUAAUAGCUACACUCACAACACGACAGACGUCUAUAUGCCGAGGAAGUCUAAUUUCUAAUACAAGGAUCCUUACGGCUGCGCACUGUUGGUGGGAUGGUCACAUUCCAGCCCAAAAAUUUACCAUUGUUCUGGGGUCUACUCGAAUUUUCUCUGGAGGGACAAGGUUGGAAACCAGAGACGUAGUAGUACACCCAUCUUGGAAUCCGAGAAAUAUACUUAACGAUAUCGCUAUAGUAAAAAUUCCUAGAGUCGUUUUCAAUAAUAAUAUUCAGCCUAUUUCACUGCCAACCAGGGAAUUAAACCAAAAUUUCGCUGGACUUACAGCCACCGCUUCCGGGUACGGAAAAACAAGCGAUGGUUGGGAUUGUUUCUUUUUGGCCUAG